UUCCUGAUACGCACCAUGACCUACAAUAAAACUCUGAACUCUGUUCUUACUUUGAAUCAUUUGAUAGAUUGUAACAUUCUGGAUUCACAUUCAUAUCAGAUAUAUUUAUUGAAAAGAUAAAUGGAGGAUAAAGACGAGAACGGACACGCAGUAAAAUACUACCGAUUGUCGGAAAUCGAGGAACGAAAUUCAUUCAAGAGUACAUGGAUUAUAAUCAACCAUAAAGUCUACGAUGUCACCACAUUUUUGGAGGAGCACCCAGGUGGAGAGGAGGUCUUGAGAGAGCAGGCCGGCGGCGAUGCCACAGAGAGCUUUGAAGAUGUCGGACACUCCUCAGAUGCCAGGGAGAUGGCUGCCAACAUGGUCAUUGGAGAACUGCAUCCAGAUGACCGACUGAAGAUUGACAAACCUUCAGAACCACUCAAGGAAACCUCUAGUUGGUGGACAAACUGGUUGAUCCCUUGUUUGGCUGCGGCUGUCGUCACGGUGAUGUACCAAAUGUACACGUCGGAGAAGUGACUGCGCCAUCCGUUCGUCACCUUUGCAAAUCAAAUGUCAAUCAAUAUAACUGGCUUCAGAAUGAUAGCUACAGAGCCUGCGUUUGAUUCCUGAGAAACCAUUGCUGCCUUUUGGGAUUUGUACAGCUCAUAUGCAGUACUAUAGUACACAGGAUUAAUUGAAUGUUUUUCAUCCAUUCGCUCGGCAUCAUGUCAAUGAAGGCAUAUCAUUUUGUUAUUGUGUUAACCUUCAUUUUCCUCUCCUGAUUUACAUAUUGAUAUAUACAGUCGUGGAAAAAGUAAGUACAUCUCCUGGAUUUUUUAAAUAUAUUUUUUAACAUAUAUGGACAAAUGGAUAUGUAAUCUUCACUUUAACACUAUUGACAGAUAAAGGUAACCUAGUUUAACCAAUGACACUGAAUGAUUACUUUGCAAUCAUUUAUUCAUAAAAAAUGUACAGAAAUGCAAUUCCAGUGCUGAAAAAAUAAGUACACACCUAGCUUCAAUAGCUGGUGUUGCCCCCCUUUUGGCUGAAAUAACUUAAUGUAGUCAAUUUUUGUAACUGUCUAUCAGUCUCUUACAUCGACUGGGAUUCAUUUUUGCACACUCGUCUUUACAGUACUGCUUCAACUGUGCCAUGUUCGAGGGCUUUAUUGCAUGCACAGCCUGCUUCAAGUCCCCCCACAGCAUUUCGACAGAAUUAAGAUCUGAGCCUUGACUCAGCCAUUCCAUAAUCAGCCCCAAACCAUAAUGCUACCAAACCCAUGCUUUACAGUUGGUAAGAGGUUCUUCUGUUCAAAGGCAGUGUUUCAUUUUCGCCAAACAUGGUUUCUGGCAUCGCAACUCCAACUUUGACUCAUCUUUCCAGAGCACAUUGUUCAAGUAGUUUUGGUCUUUACCCAAGUGUUGUCUGGCAAAUGUCAGUCGUGUCUUGAUUUUCUUUUUUGAGAGAAGAGGCUUCUUUCUUCCUGACCUCCCAUGUAGGCCAAGUUUGUGCACUCUCUGACAGUUGACUCAGGCACUUCGACAUUAAUUGUGGCAAGAGAGGCCUGUAAGAUCCCUUGAUGUUACCUUGGGGAUCUUAGAGACUUCUAUGAGCAUCUUUCGGUCAGUUCUUGGGCUGAAUUGGUUAAGACCAAACCAGACCAAGUUUCUAAUCUUUUUGGAAGGCUGGACCCACCCAAGUUACAUUCUAACGAUUUUCUAAUAAUUUCCACCAGUUCUGGUUCAAAUUUUAGCAAUUUUAUGUGAUGGUAAAGGUAGGGGUGUACAAUCUUUUCCGCAUAAGGAAAUUAGAUUUUUGUUUAUUUUAAUUGCAUAACAUAUUCAAAGUGUUAAUUUUAUGUGAUU